UACUCACUUCCAAGAAGAUUAUAAAGAUCUCACCCAAGAUAUAAGGAUCUCUCUCAUUUCGAGUGCUCUUUAGCAGGAAUGUGUGUUCUACUUCUAUUAUACGUAUCAAUCUAGGAUCUUGUAAUUCGGUUUUUAUUUUCUUAAAUCAAAGAAUUUAUGCAACCCAAAACCCUUUUCAUCAGUUUUCAUAUUUGUUGUUUCCUAAAAGCACAAAUUUCUGAGAUUUUGUAAAGGGGUAGUCUCAGAAUUCUAAGUGGGUAGUCUUCAUUUUGUGUGUGGGGGCAAUCUUGGUACUUGGUGCGAAAAUGUGGAUCUUGUGGGAACCAAAAAUUGGGGUUUAGAUUAGUUUCUUUGAUUGGGUUUGAUCUAGAAAAGGGGUUUGAAUUUUGACUUUCCGAGAGGAUUUAAAGCCACCAAUUAGGGUUCUUGUGAACACAAUCAUAAAGACGAGAAAGUUGACUUUUUCUUUUCAUUUCUUGACCAGAAGAACAAACAAGAAAUUUUCUUCAAGAAAAGGUCUUGUUUACAUUCAUCAACAUGGGUUCAUUUUGCACCAAGCUGAUUCCAUGUCUGGUUUCACCACACAAAGCUUCAAUUCUCGAGGACCCAAAUGGUGGGAAUGAAGAGGAAGCUGGAAACUUGCCUGCAUUUAAAGAAUUCAGUUUUGAGCAACUUAAAAACGCAACAUCAGGUUUUGCAACUGAAAACAUUGUAUCUGAACAUGGUGAAAAGGCUCCAAAUGUCGUCUACAAAGGGAAGCUUGAAAAUCAAGUGAGGAUAGCUGUUAAAAGGUUUAACAGAUCCGCUUGGCCUGAUUCCCGACAAUUUUUGGAAGAAGCAAAAUUGGUUGGUCAAUUGCGUAACGUGAGGCUAGCAAAUCUUCUUGGUUGUUGUUGUGAACAUGAUGAACGACUUCUUGUAGCCGAAUAUUUGCCUAAUAAUACACUCGCCAAACAUCUUUUUCACUGGGAAUCACAGCCGAUGAAAUGGGCAAUGAGGUUACGUGUGGUUCUCCAUUUGGCAGAAGCUCUUGAAUAUUGUACUAGUAAAGGCCGUGCUCUUUAUCAUGAUCUCAAUGCAUACAGAAUUUUGUUUGAUGAGGAAGGUAAUCCAAGACUUUCUUGUUUUGGCCUAAUGAAGAACAGUCGUGAUGGGAAAAGUUAUAGCACCAAUCUUGCAUUUACUCCUCCUGAGUAUUUAAGAACAGGAAGAGUGACACCCGAAAGUGUGAUAUAUAGCUUCGGAACUCUUUUGCUUGACCUUCUUAGUGGAAAACAUAUUCCUCCAAGCCAUGCUCUUGACUUGAUAAGGGAUAGGAACCUUCAAAUGCUUACGGAUUCAUGUUUGGAAGGGCAAUUUUCAAAUGAUGAUGGAACCGAAUUGGUUCGUUUGGCUUCUCGUUGUUUACAAUAUGAACCCCGAGAACGCCCAAAUCCAAAGUCACUAGUAGCUUCCUUGAUUGUUCUUCAAAAGGAAACCGAUGUUCCAUCUUAUUUGUUGAUGGGUAUCCCGGCCACAACUUCAUUCUCACCUCGAUCACCACUUGGUGAAGCUUGCUUGAGAAUGGAUUUGACUGCAAUUCAUGAGAUUUUAGAAACAAUUUCAUAUAAAGACGAUGAAGGACAAACAAACGAGCUCUCGUUUCAAAUGUGGACCGAUCAAAUGCAAGAAUCAUUGAAUUCAAAGAAAAAAGGGGAUAUGGCAUUCCGACACAAGGAUUUCAAGGAUGCAAUAGAGUGUUAUUCACAGUUCAUUGAACAUGGACCAAUGGUAUCACCAACAGUGUACGCGAGGCGUAGUUUAUCGUAUCUGAUGAAUGACAUGUCACAGCCUCAGGAGGCAUUAAGUGAUGCAAUGCAAGCUCAAGUGGUGUCACCCGUAUGGCACAUUGCUUCAUAUCUACAAGCUGCCUCACUUUUUGCCCUUAAAAUGGAAAAUGAAGCCCAUGCUGCCCUUAAGGAGGCUGCAACCCUUGAAGCCAAGAGAACCUCACCUUCCACCAAUGGAUCUGCUCAAUGAUCCACUCGACACUUGUUCAUAUCAGUCAAUCUUUUGAUGUAAAUCUCUGAAAUUUCUUGUCGACUUAGAAUGAGAUGUUUGACUUUUUCACUCAAUGGUCAAAUGCAAUGGCUUUUUCAUGUUGAUUUUGGGUUUUUGAUUUUUUUUAUAUGUUAUUUGGGACCUUGUGUUAAUGGGAAGAUUGAAAUAGGAAAAUUGCAUUCUUUUGUUGGA